AUGUCGCACCAAGUAGCCCGCAAGCACUCGUUUCUACAGCGCAAGAGUGAAGCUGCGGCUGCUUCGGCGAUAGUCAAAUGCAUGCCGUGCUGUCAGCUUGUCUCGGCACAUUGCUUGGCGGUGGACGCCAGAAGGAGGUCGUCCGCGCAGCCGGUGCUGCUGCAUCUGGCCAACUCGUACGAGACCAAGCUCUCGGAAUCAAAGCGAUCCGGACUCUGCUUAGAAAACAAGUGGGGCCAGACAACCUGCGAACCGCACGAACGCACGGGACAGAACCCGAAAACGAGCGGGCAACAGCACACAAUUCUGUUGAUGACAGACAUUCGGUAUGCAGCUUCUGUUUAUGGAGACCAUUCGUCACCUCCUGGGCGAUUCUGGGCAUGCCUUUUGGCUCCUUUUCCUCCCAACACGGACGGCACGAAGAUCUUCGCAAUGUCGCGAUCAGACAUGUCCAGCUUGACAUACAGAAUACUUUCCGCCCAACAGCGGACCCUGGGCACCCUCGAUGGCCAUACAUUACGCGAUGCCCUACUGCUUGGCCAGUUCUGCGUUAUCUCGGCGGACGGACGACAAUCCGAGUUGCAGUUAUAA